AGGGUAACUACAGAGUGACUUCAUCCGACAGAACCCUUCGUUCAGUUAGCAACUUUCAGGGCUCUUGUUCAGUCGUGCCGUGCCGGAAGUUACAGCAUUUGUUCCGAUUGCAGCAUACUAUAUCGGAGUUAGCUAGAAAUAACAGACCAAAAACUUAAAGGCAGAUUACUGUUAUCGUGAAAAAGCGACUUAACAACUAGAUAAACACGACUUUCGUUUCGUUUUCGAAUAGUAGUGAGCCGGAUUGAGCGCAACAUAGCCUAGCCGCCGCGGACACUUUAGUGCGUCAGCAAUUAGUUAAUUAUCUCCGGCAGUAGGAACUAGUUCAAUCUAAUUGGAAGCAACGUACGUCCGAAGACGAACCAACGAAAUCCGAAAUCUAAAUCUUACUUUGGAAAACUUGGCCUGUACUUGGAAGCAUCUGAAAAGUAGGAAACAAUUUCCCCCAGUGAAGGGCACGUUGAGAGGCAGUACGAGAAAGGCAAAAUCGGAAGAAAAUCGAUAACGAACCUGAAGGCGAAAGUGGAAGAGGGCGCGCACCGAGAAGGCGGCAUCCAUCGACACUAGCACAGGAGGAGAGUUUUUAUACCGCAAAAAGUGUUCCCCCUAAAUGACUGAUCAGAACCAGGUCGGUUUAGAUCCGCAGGCGGGAAAAACCAUCCAGAGUGUGAUACCGAAGAAGCGCCAACAACUGCUCAAAUGGAAUGGUUGGGGCUACAAAGAUUCCCGCUUCAAGUACACAAACGGCACGCUGAUUUUCACCGGUAAUCGUUACCCAAUCGGAGGUUCGCUCUCGCUGCCGUACUUUAAAGAAUACGUCGAAAAGUAUCUCGGAGUGGACCUGACGAAUCGACACGAAGGUAAACCACUACCAGUGCACUUUCCGGAUCCGGCACCGUGUCCGCAGUUCACAGCCACACUCCGCCAGCAUGGUAUCGAAUUCAGUCAGGCCGGGGAAGAUCGGCUCAUUCGGUGCCAUGGGCAAACGCUGCAUGACAUUCAUACCCUUCGUACGGGACAGUUCAAACGAAUUCCGGAUGUGGUUGUGUUUCCCACCAGCCACGCACAGGUGUUACAGAUUGUCGGGGCGGCCAACGAGUGCAACGUCGUGGUGAUACCGUACGGGGGUGGAACUUCCGUGUCCGGAGCAUCGACGUGUCCGGAGAAUGAAAACAGACCGAUCGCCUUACUCGAUACCAGUCAGAUGAACAAAAUGCUGUGGAUCGACAAGGAGAACUUGAUCGCCUGUUUCGAGGCCGGCAUUGUCGGACAGGAUCUGGAGCGAGAGGUUCGAAAGUUGGGUUUUACCGUUGGACACGAACCAGAUAGCUACGAGUUUUCUACUCUGGGAGGUUGGGUGGCAACCAGAGCGUCCGGUAUGAAAAAGAACCUAUACGGAAACAUCGAAGACAUUGUCGUCAAAGUUAAAAUGGUAACUGUCAGAGGGGUACUGGACAAGGACGUCACCACGCCACGGGUAUCGUGUGGUCCCGAUUUCAAUCACAUUGUUCUAGGAUCGGAAGGAACGCUCGGGGUGGUGACCGAAGUCGUCAUAAAACUGCGACCAUUACCCGAGGUGAAAAAAUACGGUUCACUGGUGUUUCCCGAUUUUGGUUCCGGGAUAAAAUUCCUCCGGGAGGUAGCCAAACAACGCCUACAACCUGCCAGUAUUCGACUGAUCGAUAAUGAGCAAUUCGUGUUUGGUCAAGCGCUCAAACCGGCUGGUGGAACGUUGUCCAAUUUUACCAGCUACCUGCAGAAAGCCUACAUCACCAAAGUCAAGGGGCUAAGUUUAGACAAGAUCGCCAUCACCACUCUAGUGUUCGAGGGAAAUGCUCAAGACAUCAAGCUGCAUGAACGGAAAAUUCUAACGAUCGCCAGUUGCUACGGUGGCUUCUCAGCCGGCAGCACCAACGGAGAGAAGGGUUACAUCCUAACCUUUGUAAUCGCUUACAUCAGGGACUUAGCUCUGGAGUACAACGUGGUUGCGGAAUCCUUCGAGACAUCCGUUCCGUGGAAUCGAUGCGAAACACUUUGUAGCAAUGUGAAAAAUCGGAUUGGAAAGGAAUGCGCCAAACAUAACAUCAAACACUACCUCAUCUCGUGCCGGGUUACGCAGUCGUACGAUGCCGGAGCGUGCGUAUAUUUCUAUUUCGGCUUCAACCACAGCGGAUUCUCGGACCCGGUGCACAUCUACGAAACCAUUGAGACGCACGCACGGAACGAGAUUCUUGCCUCCGGUGGUUCCAUCUCCCACCAUCACGGCGUGGGGAAGAUCCGUGCCCGGUGGUACCCGCAGAGCGUAUCCCAGAUCGGGGUCAACCUGUACCGGGCAACCAAACAGCAGCUGGAUCCGAAGAACAUAUUCGCCGUGGGGAACCUUCUGCCCGUGGUCGGAGACGACGACGCCGGUCAGAAUCUUAUCUCCAAGCUGUAGAUUUGCCUUACGAUAUUGCCAUUUUGCCCCACGGUGGGACGGAUUUCUGUUAAGACUUUUGUUUUUUUUUCGUUUACAUUUCGAUGUGACUAGCAAUGACAUUCCAUUUACGUAGCAAAUUUUCGUUAACGAGUGGCUUAUAGUACAGUAUGUUGAAAUAAAUGAUUUUCGCCUUGUCUGA